UCAUCGGGUGAGAAGUAGGGGAAGAGAACAUAAAUGGAUUUGCAGUAAUCUGCUUCUGCUAUAUAGCAGCCUACAGUGUUAGUGAGAACAUCUCCGCAUUCGUAACUGAAUUACAAGUGCCUCUCGGUCUUCUAUUACAAGAGAUCGGAUGGGAAUUAUGGCGAUAGGUCGGAUAAUUGUUUUAUCCGCAUUGUUUGCUCAAACAUUAUCCGCGCCCAGUGGCUGCAUAGAAUCUUGCGACGUCCAUCACACAUCCUAUCAGAGCCGCCACACAUCAGGCUCUUAUCAAGAUCAUGCAGGCUUAGUUCAAGGGAGCACGAAUCUAAACGAUCAUGAUUACGCUAGACCAGGAAACUGGACCGAACAUAAUCAGUACAGUACAGACAGCGGACAUGGCAAAGUUCACGAAGAACGUGGACAGUAUGUAGAAGGAGCGAAGAAAGUACGGUAUUACAAGAAAAACUUCACUUCUUCUUAUGGUAACGUGAACGGACUGGACGCGAGAGAAUUCGAUGAGUUAAGCGGCCAUCACAGGUACGAUUCGAUGCGUAUCCCAAGUAAUCAGCAUUCCGAAUCUCAAAGUAUCCAAGCAGGGCAAACAGUCGUUCAGGGAAGCGGAUACAACCGAGUGCACAGCCAACAGACGCAGUCAUCAUCGACAAGAAUCGACAGUAGAAACGAGAGACUAGAGGACUUCGGGGAAUACAGCGGACAUUCGCAGGUGAAUCAACGCGUGCCCAUCACUGAUACUCAAACGAUCGAAACGCGGCAUCACAUCGAAGACAAUCCUUCCAAUUGGAGCAGAGUGGACUCUUACAGGACCGAUGGCGGCCAUGGACGUGUACAUGAAGAGGAAGGCCAGUAUGUAACCGGACCCAAGAAAGUCCGCUAUUACAAGAAGAACUAUACCUCCAGCUACAGCACAUCCGGCGUACCUCAGACCAAUAUCGGUUCGGCGUCGCUGAACGAGUUGCAUAACGAAAUGCAAAGGAACCUACAUAAAGAACUCGACAAUAUCAGAAGAGAAUUUCACCAGACCUCAAGUGUAGGACAUACCGCUUCCACUACGCACGUAGGCUCGGUGGGUCUGGCACAGGAAACGGUUGGCCUUAGUGAUCUUCAGACUGCCGAGAGCGACAACAGGCAACAAUUGGACUAUGGACACAUUCCAUCCACUGGAACUAUGCAUCACUACACUGAUCAACAGCACAGAGAGACGACUACCGAUACAAGACGAGUGCCGUACACGUAUCCUGCCGCGAACACAUACGGUUCGGAGAGUCAGAGGACUUACGAGAGCCGCGAGACUUAUACAUCCCGCGUGCAUCCCUCACAUCAGCCGGGUCACUUGUCGCCCGGUUAUAUUCAGGCUCCUGAUAUUCAUGGUACUACUCGUGAUGGCUAUCAAACAAGUAUGCGCAACACGCAUUCGAGAGGUAGCUCUCACGUGAUUGAUGAGAGGCAACGUACGGAAGUCAUGGGCACGCAUCAGUCCAGUGUGGCUCAGAAUCAAUUGCUCACAGGAAGCUCUCAGCACGCGUAUAACGUGAAUCCGAAUUACGGCGCGCGUCCUGAUAGACGUGGCGAAGCGCGACACUACGAGGAGCAUUGGAGUACCUCUAGUAACACCGGAGGAAAUUUGGCUCCAGAGCACACUGGACAUCUCACGCAUGGUACCGCGGAUAGAGCACAUUACGAUCGAGUUGCGUACAAUGAGCACCGCAACCGUUAUCACGGUGCCCAACAGGGAUAUGAUACCCAUGCGCAUACUAGCGAGAGUAGCUACGACUCUGCGUACAGGACUAACACGGGACAACUCGUUACUGGAUCAUUGAAUGUAGGGCACGCAGCGCAGGGCGCCGAUUGCACUGAGGAGACGCAGCAUUAUCAGCAAGAAAGCAGAUAUCACAGAAAAUACAAACGAGAUGUUCAUGGACGCUAUGAUGACUCGCAACGAAAUCAAGACUUCAGUCAAGAAUUCGGACAACAAACAAGCGAUGGACAACAACUGGAAGAUUUAACACAGCACAAUGAACAAAUCACACAACAAACAGAGGGUCAAUUCAAGGAACGCAAUUUCGGUAAUCAGCAUUUGGAAGAUCUAACGCAGCAAACACAGGACUCCGAUUUUACACAACAAACGAGUGGUAAACUUGAAUUCGGACAACAAGAAAGCGAUGGACAACAACUGGAAGAUUUAACACAGCAAAGUGAACAAAUCACACAACAAACAGAGGGUCAAUUCAAGGAACGCAAUUUCGGUAAUCAGCAUUUGGAAGAUCUAACGCAGCAAACACAGGACUCCGAUUUUACACAACAAACGAAUGGUAAACUUGAAUUCGGACAACAAACUAUUGAUGAUCAGCAUGUUCACAAUCAACACUUGGAAGAUUUCACAAGUUCACAAAAUGAACAACAUACACAGCAAAUAGACGGUGAAUUCGAGUUUGGUCAACAAACCGUUGGUAAUCAGCAGCACUUGGAGGAUCUGACACAGCAGAGUGAACAAUUUACACAACAAACACAAGGAUCAGAUGAUUUCACGCAGCAAACGAGUGGUAAACUUGAAUUCGGCCAGCAAACCAUUGGCAAUCAGAAGCACUUGGAAGAUUUAAUGCAGCAGAAUGAACAACAUACACAGCAAGUUCAAGGAUUUGAUGAUUUCACGCAGCAAACGAGUGGUAAACUUGAAUUCGGCCAGCAAACCAUUGGCAAUCAGAAGCACUUGGAAGAUUUAAUGCAGCAGAAUGAACAACAUACACAGCAAGUUCAAGGAUUUGAUGAUUUCACGCAGCAAACGAGUGGUAAACUUGAAUUCGGCCAGCAAACCAUUGGCAAUCAGAAGCACUUGGAAGAUUUAAUGCAGCAGAAUGAACAACAUACACAGCAAGUUCAAGGAUUUGAUGAUUUCACGCAGCAAACGAGUGGUAAACUUGAAUUCGGCCAGCAAACCAUUGGCAAUCAGCAGCAAUGGAAAGAUUUAACGCAGAGUGAACAAGAUACACAGCAAGUACAAGGAUUUGAUGAUUUCACGCAGCAAACGAGUGGUAAACUUGAAUUCGGCCAGCAAACUGUACACGAUCAACAUAUUAAUAAUCAGCAGUUAGAAGAUUUAACACAGCAAAGUGAACAACAUACUCAACAAACGGAGGAUCAGUUUGAAUUGGGGCAGCAAACUGUUGAUGACCAGAAUUCGGAGCAUUUAACGCAAGAAAUCGAACAGUCCGCGCAACGAACAGCGAGAUCUGAUGAUCCUGUGCAACAGACUACAAGUGUAUUCGAAUUUGGACAACAAGCUCUUGGUAAUCAUCAUCCAAAAGAUUUAACACAAGAAACGGAACGAUUCACGCAGCAGACGGAAGGUCAGCUUGAAUUUGGACAGCAUACUGUUGACAAUCAGUAUUCAGAUGAUUUAACGCAGCAAAGAAAUGAACAAUUUACGCAUCAGACGCAAGGAUCUGACGAUUUCACACAACAAAGCGGUAAACUUGAAUUCGGCCAGCAAGUGCAGUCAAUAGAUAAGUCUACUAAGCCAAGAAAUGAAUAUUUCGAGGAAUUUGGUCAACAAAAUGAAGAUUUUACUCAACAAGAGGGACAAUUCGAUGAAUUCAAUCAACAAGAGGGACAAUUCGAUGAAUUCACUCAACAAACAAUGGGACAAUUGGAUUUUGGACAAGAAUCACAAGGAUUUAAUAAACCAAAAAAUCAGCAUCUGGAAGAUUUUAGUCAACAAGAUAAAGACUUGACUCAACAGAUCGGAGGAUUGGAGCCAUGGCAAUUGUCACAGCAAAUGUCACAAAAAACGGAAUUAAAUCAAGAUUUUACUCAGCAAACUAAUCAUGAUCAAUUAACAACUGGCAUGGCAACACCAGCACCAAAACCAAGAGCAAGGCAGCGAUAUCAAACACACGACUCCACUUUACAAGAUACAGAUAGAACAGAUACAAACGUUUUUAAAGUGACUGAGAUGAACCCUAAUAAUUAUCGUGAAGGAACUAUUGAACGUACCAGUCAUGUUCGAUAUCCACAUCAUCCUAAUCAUGAUAGAUUGGAGGCUUUAAGUCAGCAACCUCAAAGAAGUAGCGUAUUCGACAACGAGAAAGAAAACAUGGAUCGUUUGCAUUGGGUGCAUAAGUCAAAUGACGCUACCGUAGGAUUACAAUGGCAUUAUACUUAUCAUCCAAGUGAUUUGACUAACAUUGAAGGAGCACAUGAUAAUUACUAUUCUCAUCAUAAUAUCAAUCCGCAACAAACGGAAGAUUUGCAACAACAGUCGAAUAAAGUUAGUCAACAAGAAACGCAAGACCAGCAUACGUUUGAAGAUGUGCAUCUCAAUAUACAUGAUCCUCAAUCGUCACAACGUAGUGAAUACGAUCAACGAUCUUCCCAGCAAAUUGAAACGUCCCACUUUAGCAAUCAGCAUGAUAAAAAUCCUGAAGAGACUCCGUUAGGAGUGAUCCCAUUGCAACACACUCAAAGUAUGCAGAAGACUCCAGAAUUGGACAAACAAUCGCAGCCUACAGGACAGACAGAGUACAAAUUGGAGCCACGAAUCUUGCAAGCCUAUGGUGGAGGCCCGUAUGAUGGAUCGCGUAAUGAAGAUAUCUAUAGCAGAGUCACACUGAAUCCCAGCGCCACUUUGCCACCAAUAGGUGGUGAAGAUCCAUGGGACAUUCGUGAAAAACCAAGACAGUUGAUACCCUGGAUCAUAACAAAUACAGCGUCGACACCAAAAGCUGUAGACGAAACUGCAACGGAAAUGAUAGAAACUACAACACAGCCGAUUCAGACCACAACAAAGGAGGAAGCACCACCGUCCUUCUGGAACAAACUCGGUCACAGAAUAAGCAGCACGUACGACAAGGCUAAAGAAAAAGCUAAGGAAUUCUUUGGUUAGAUGUUACUUCCUACUUAUUUAAAGAUUACUUAUUUAUGCAUUUAUGCAAACUCUCUUUUGCAUUCUUCCUGGCCAUAUUACAUUUAUUUAUGGAUAACGUGUGUGUACUUUGUGUAGUUACUCAUAAAAUCGAAGCCUGACAGGAAUAAAACACACAAACUACAAUCUAUCACAAGCUCAUAACUUGAUAAUCAAUAUUUUAAAUUAGUAUUAUAUGAAACAUUACCAUUGUAAAGCUAAGAUAACUUCCAUAUUUUCUGUAAAUAAAAAUAUACUUUCUUUUCUAAUAUAG